GGGAGGCCUGGAUGACUAAACCCGAGCGAAACGCUAGUGGGAGGCUCGGGCGGGCACCAGUGCCCGCGUAGGUCCUGCUCACCCCGCAGCCACCACCCGCCCGGUGACCAUGAUAGUGUUUGUUAGGUUCAACUCCAGCUAUGGCUUUCCAGUGGAGGUCGAUUCUGACACCAGCAUCUUCCAGCUCAAGGAAGUGGUUGCUAAGCGACAGGGGGUUCCAGCUGACCAGCUGCGUGUGAUUUUUGCUGGGAAGGAGCUUCAGAAUCACCUGACUGUGCAGAGCUGUGACCUGGAACAGCAGAGCAUUGUUCACAUAGUGCAGAGACCAUUGAGCAAAAGUCAUGAGGCAAAUGAAUCCGGAGGGGACAAACCUCGGAGCACCUCCAGGAGCUCCCUAAGGGAGCCCAGAAGCUUGACGCGGGUGGACCUCAGCAACCAUCUCCUGCCGGCGGACUCCGUGGGGCUGGCGGUCAUUCUGGACACCAACAGCAAAAGUGAUCCAGAAGCACCCGGAGGAGCAGCAGUUAAACCCACCUACAACAGCUUUUAUGUCUACUGCAAAGGCCCCUGCCACAGGGUCCAGCCGGGAAAGCUCCGCGUUCGGUGCGGCACCUGCAAACAGGCAACCCUCACCUUGGCCCAGGGUCCAUCUUGCUGGGAAGAUGUCUUAAUCCCAAAUCGGAUGAGUGGCGAGUGCCAGUCUCCAGACUGCCCUGGAACCAGAGCUGAAUUUUUCUUUAAAUGUGGAGCACACCCAACCUCAGACAAGGACACAUCAGUAGCUUUGAACCUGAUCACCAGCAACAGUCGCAGCAUCACCUGCAUAGCAUGCACAGAUGUCAGGAGCCCUGUCCUGGUCUUCCAGUGUAACCACCGUCAUGUGAUCUGCUUGGACUGCUUCCACCUGUACUGUGUCACAAGACUCAACGAUCGGCAGUUCAUCCAUGAUGCUCAGCUUGGCUACUCCCUGCCGUGUGUGGCUGGCUGUCCCGACUCAUUGAUUAAAGAGCUCCAUCACUUCAGGGUUCUUGGAGAAGAGCAGUACAAUAGGUACCAGCAGUAUGGCGCCGAGGAGUGUGUGCUGCAGAUGGGGGGCGUGCUGUGUCCCGGUCCUGGCUGUGGAGCUGGGCUGCUGCCUGAACAGGGCCAGAGGAAAGUCAUCUGUGAAGGGAGAAACGGCCUGGGCUGCGGACUCGCUUUCUGCCGGAACUGUAAGGAAGUGUACCACGAAGGUGAAUGCGACUCACUGUUUGAAGCCUCGGGGGCAUCUUCUCAGGCCUACAGGGUGGAUGAAAGAGCCGCCAAGCAAGCUCGUUGGGAAGAGGCAUCCAAGGAAACCAUAAAGAAAACCACUAAGCCUUGUCCUCGCUGCAACGUGCCAGUUGAAAAAAAUGGAGGCUGUAUGCACAUGAAGUGUCCGCAGCCCCAGUGCAGGCUGGAGUGGUGCUGGAACUGCGGCUGUGAGUGGAACCGAACCUGCAUGGGUGAUCACUGGUUUGACGUGUAGAGGGAUGUCACUGGGGCACUGCCACUGGCCACACAUCCUCAUGGGCAACGUGUUGACUGUGACCUUCGCAGGCCAUUUCUUCUCAGUACAUAAAGGCA